UCCACUCGGAAGCUUCCUGAAACGAGGAGAGGAUCACGUGUGGCGGCCGAUCUCUUCCACUCCAAUUCGUCUUCCCUGGUGUCCGUUGAAGAACUCGAGUGGAUUGCAGUGUUUCCGUCGAGUUCUUCGGACGUGGAUCGUCUCCGAUUUUGAUAUUUUGGGGUCCUUGUUGUCCCGCUUUUGAUAUUUUGGGAUAUAGUUUCUAAGGUGUUGGUUUGAGUUCUUCAUUUCGAGUUAGGAAGUGCUAUCGGAUUGGUUUGCAUGAUUGUAUCAGAGUUUUGUAUCGCAGUGCAUGUUUUGAAAAGAAAUCGGUUGUUCACCAUGAAGUGAGUUAGAGUGUUGUUGUUGAUUCCUCAUAAGAUAGAAAAAAGGCUUCUUGAAGGGGGAGUUCGGGUCUUCUUCUCUUGAGUUGGACAGGGUUACUUGUCGUCAUAAAUUUUUGUAGGGAGUUUGACUGAGUGGCCUAAAGUUUCUCUUGGGGAAAUCUGAAUCAGAAUUGGUUGCUUAGUGAAAUUUUCAAUCGUUUUGGCUAGCAACAAAUGAACAAAUCAGAAUGAGAGGGCUAGGAAAGGCCAUCGUCUAUGGAACCCUUUGGUAAGAGGUUCCCUAAUCUGUUAAAGUUAGCGAAAUCCUGGAUUACUUCAAAGACCGAGCCAGAUUCAAUUUCAAGGGCCUUUUGGAUGCCUGAUGAUAGUUGUAUGGUAUGUUAUGAAUGUGAUUCACAGUUCACAAUUUUCAAUCGCAGGCACCAUUGCCGGAAGUGUGGGCGCAUUUUCUGUGCUAAGUGCACCUCAAAUUCUGUCCCUAUAAAUUUGUAUGACUCGGAGAGUUUCCAGGAGGAAGGGGAGUUUAUUCGUGUGUGCAAUUUUUGCUUCAAGCAGCGGGAGGAUGUGACCGCGUCAAGAAAUGAAGCAGAACCACCAAACCCAAUCCUUACUCCUUCCCUUUCAAAUGCAAGUUUUGAUAGCACAAAGUCCAGUGGUGCUGGUAACAGUAGCUUGUCAACAGCAGUUUCUUACACAUACUCAGGUGGAGCUUACCAGCAAGUGUCCUCUGGUCCUGCUCUCAGUCCCAGCCAUUCUGUUCAGUUGGAAAAUUGCUUUGACAAACAAGACUUACUGAUAGGAGAGGGUUGCAUGGAUUCCUUGGUUGACAAGGGCGACCAUUCACCAACCCAAUUCGAACUUUCCUUAAACAGGAGUGAUGAUGAUGAAGAUGAUUAUGGAACAUGUCGGUGGGGUUCAGAAGAACAAACAUAUGUUAACUCUAAUGAAUUCUAUGGGCCGCUUGAAUUCAACGAAUCUGGGAAGACCUGCGGAUCACAGAAAGCUGCUGAAGGAAAUAUUGGUACACAUGAAAUCACUGUUCUGUUGCCUGACAACAGAAACUGCCAAACUCAUUUAAGCACUGAUAAGGUAGAAGAACAUUGUACAGUAAAUAAUGUUGAAUGUGAUACUUCAUCUUCCAUAUUUGGUGCGGAUGCUACUGAUGCAGAACCUAUGGAUUUUGAGAGCAAUAAACAACUUUGGCUUCCUCCAGAGCCUGAAGAUGAAGAAGAUGAGAAAGAAGCUGUUUUAUUUGAUGAAGAAGAAGAUGAUACUGCAGGAGAGUGGCGCUAUAUGCGUUCAUUAAAUAGCUUUGGAAGUUUUGAACACAGAAAUAGAGACCGAUCCAUUGAGGAACAUAAGAAAGCCAUGAAAAAUGUUGUUGAAGGACACUUUAGGGCUUUGGUGGCUCAACUUCUUCAAGUUGAAAAUUUACCUAUUUCUGAAGAAGAAGACAAGAAAAACUGGCUAGAUAUACUAACCUCCUUGUCAUGGGAAGCAGCAACACUUCUUAAACCAGACACUAGUAGUGGUGGAGGAAUGGAUCCUGGAUUAUAUGUCAAGAUUAAGUGCCUAGCUUGUGGGCAUCGCAGUGAUAGUAUGGUGGUGAAAGGAGUUGUGUGCAAGAAGAAUGUGGCUAACCGACGCAUGCUUUCAAGGAUUGAGAAAGCUCGUUUUCUACUCCUUGGUGGAGCUCUUGAAUAUCAGCGAGUAUCUAAUUUGUUUUCUAGUAUUGAUACUCUGUUGCAGCAGGAAAUGGAUCACUUAAAGAUGGCAAUUGCAAAGAUAGAUGCUCACCACCCCAAUGUUCUUUUGGUUGAGAAAUCAGUUUCACGUUUUGCUCAAGAUUAUCUUCUUGCUAAAAAUAUUUCACUUGUUUUGAAUAUCAAAAAGCCACUUCUAGAGCGUAUAGCACGCUGCACUGGUGCUGAGAUUGUCCCUUCAAUUGAUCGUCUUGAUCGUCUUUCAUCAUCUCCUAAGCUAGGGCAUUGUGACAUCUUUCAUGUGGAGAAAUUCAUUGAAGAACAUGACAGUGCCUGUCAGGAGGGGAAGAAACCCAUAAAAACAUUGAUGUUUUUUAGGGGAUGCCCAAAACCCUUGGGGUGCACGAUUUUACUUAAGGGUGCCAGUGGCGAUGAGCUGAAGAAAGUCAAACAUGUUCUUCAAUAUGGAGUUUUUGCAGCAUAUCAUUUGGCAUUGGAAACAUCUUUUCUUGCUGAUGAGGGGGCAUCUCUUCCAGAACUUCCGUUGAAAUCUCCCAUUACUGUUGCACUUCCAGAUAAACCCUCAAUCAUAAACCGAUCUAUAUCCACAGUUCCUGGCUUCAUAACCUCUCCAGCUGAUAAGUCACAAUCUAAUAAUCUUGUUCAAACUUCUGGUAAAUCAGAUUCCAAUUUAGGAGCAGAAACUGGAUCAGCGUUACCACUUUCUUCUGAAUAUAAUAUUUCUCAGACCAAUUUGUCUCUCCCUAACUCUAACAGUACAGCUGUAAGUAGGCAUGAUCUUUUGGUUGACAGAGGCAACCAACUGAAUAACAUGGGAGAGCAACGCCUAACUCCUUUUGUUUCUUUGUCUCACCCAGUCCCAGAUCCGAGAUAUUUCUUUGGCCAUUCUGCAUGUCAUUCUGGAGAACAGAAUAACACAGGCUUUUUAAGGGGUAAUGAACCUGGAUGCAUGGAAAUUCAUAACGAAACAACUCUAAUUCAUCCAUCCCAAACACCCAACUUUCACAAAAGCAUAGGAACCUUAAAGGAUGCUAGGGGGACAAACUGUGAUGUGCAAAGAGAUGACUUAAAAACUAUAAAAAUACAAGAAGAUAAUGUAAGAAAUGAUGACCUGAUUACAAAGGAAGAAUUCCCACCAUCUCCAUCAGAUCAUCAGAGCAUUCUGGUUUCUCUAUCUUCACGUUGUGUUUGGAAAGGUACUGUUUGUGAACGUUCACAUCUAUUCCGCUUCAAAUAUUAUGGCAGUUUUGACAGGCCUCUUGGGAGAUACUUACGAGACCACCUGUUUAAUCAGAGUUACAAGUGUCGCACCUGUGAGAUGCCAUCAGAAGCUCAUAUAUAUUGUUAUACUCAUCGCCAAGGUAGUCUGACAAUAUCAGUUCAAAAGCUUGAAGAAUUUGUUUUACCAGGAGCACAUGACGGCAAGAUAUGGAUGUGGCAUAGGUGCCUACGUUGCCCACGAGCUAAUGGACUACCUCCUGCCAGUCCAAGAGUUGUAAUGUCUGAUGCUGCUUGGGGUUUGUCUUUUGGUAAAUUUUUGGAGCUUAGCUUUUCAAAUCAUGCCGCUGCAAGUAGAGUAGCUAGCUGUGGUCAUUCACUACACAGGGAUUGUCUACGAUUUUACGGAUAUGGGGAAAUGGUUGCUUGCUUCAAAUAUGCACCGAUCAAUGUACACUCUGUCUAUUUGCCACCUUCGAUUCUGGACUUUAACUACCAGCAUCAAGAUUGGGUGCAAGAAGAAGCAGAUAAGCUGAGUGAUAUUGCACUUGAUUUCUUCACUCAAGUGCAAAAAACACUGCACCAACUUGAAGAGAAAAUGUUUGACGUUGGUUCUCAUGAUGGAAACAUUAAAGUCCUUGAAGGGAUUUUGAAGAAAGAGAAAGAAGAGUUUGAGGAAUCUAUUCGGACAGUAUCUAAACAGGAGGAAACAGAUGUGCAGCCGUUUGUUGAUAUUCUUGAAAUUAACAAGUUGCAAAGGAAAUUGCUGUUCCUGUCCUAUGUAUGGGAUAAACGAAUAAAAUUUGCUGCUACUGCAUGUAGUAAAGGUUUGCCGAUCAGGAAUAAAGAGGAUCUAGCUCCUAGGGUAGGAAGGAGCUUCACAAAGUCAGACUCUUCAGUUUCUAUAGCCUCUGCUGAAUCCCAUAAUGGGAGCGGAAGUAAAGAUGAAAAUGAUCAAUGUAAGCAACCUUCAGAUCGUGAGAAACUAGAUUUAGAACAUGAGAGCGCCAAAGUUCUCUCUACUAGCACAAGUGCAAGCGAUGAGAAUGAUUCUCUAGAAUUGAAUGUUGGUCCAUGUAAGGUUGUUUCUGAUGGGCAAUUUCCUGUCAUGGAUGAGCUCUCUAACACCUUGGAUGCAAAGUGGAUAGGUGACAAUGGCCCUACAUUAGUUGAUUCAAGCAAAUUGAAUCCAGAAGACCUAGAUGAAACAACUCAUGUGAUUUCAUCUUCCAAAAAUUUUGAAGAAAGCUGUCACAUUGAUUCAAAUUCAACAGCAUCUUCAAAUACUUCUAGAGCAGGGCCAUCAGGCGACCAUGCUGAAGAUGCAUCUGUCUGUAUCAUGACAUCUAUAUCGGACCUCUAUGCUUCUUUCAACAAGGAUAUUGAUGGUGCCCUUGGUGCAUAUCAUCCUGAAAAUAUACAUAUAUUUAAGGAGUUAUUGCAGAAGGGAUGGGGAAGUCUGUUUCUUCCCCUUGGCGUUAAUGAUACUGUCAUUCCAAUAUAUGAUGAUGAACCAACAAGCGUCAUAGCUUAUGCUCUUGUUUGUGCUGAUUACCAAUCUCAAAUAUCUGAUGAGCCUGAGAAGCUAAGAGAUGGCAGGGAGUCUCCAAUUUCUUUUACCACCAAGGAUUAUGGAAACUCUUACAUCUUUCAAUCAUUUGAUGAUAUUCCUUUUGAAAGUUUUAAGAGUUUCGGGUCCAUUGAUGACAGCACCUUGUCGAUAUCGGUUAGCAAGGGUCCCCUGACCGUAGAUCCACUUGCAUCCACCAAAUCAAUGCAUGUUAGGGUCUCUUUUGCAACAAGGUAUAGUGUGACAUGCUACUAUGCAAGACAGUUUAAAGCAUUAAGGAGAAUUUGCUGCCCAUCUGAACUAGACUUUAUAAGGUCUCUUAGUCGAUGCAAAAAAUGGGGCGCACAAGGUGGGAAGAGCAAUGUCUUUUUUGCUAAGUCUCUGGAUGAUAGAUUCAUUAUAAAGCAGGUUACCAAGACUGAAUUAGAAUCAUUUAUUAAAUUUGCCCCAGAGUAUUUCAAGUAUCUAACUGAAUCCAUAAGAACUGGGAGUCCAACAUGUUUGGCAAAGAUUCUCGGCAUUUAUCAGGUUGUAGUCAAAAGCUCGAAGGGCGGAAAAGAAACUAAGAUGGAUGUUCUUGUAAUGGAGAACCUUUUAUAUGGAAGGAGCGUCAAGUGGUUGUAUGACCUUAAAGGAUCUUCCAGGUCUCGAUAUAAUGCAGAUUCAAGCGGUAACAAUAAGGUGCUGCUUGAUCAAAAUUUGAUCGAGGCAAUGCCUACUUCUCCAAUUUUUGUUGGAAACAAAGCAAAGAGACUUCUGGAAAGAGCAGUGUGGAAUGACACUGCAUUUCUUGCGUCCGUUGAUGUGAUGGAUUACUCUUUGCUCGUGGGGGUGGAUGAGAACAAGCAUGAGCUGGUUCUUGGGAUCAUUGAUUUUAUGCGGCAAUAUACGUGGGACAAGCACCUCGAGACAUGGGUGAAAGCUUCGGGGAUUCUGGGAGGACCCAAAGACGCAUCUCCUACUGUGAUCUCACCCAAGCAGUACAAAAAAAGAUUCAGAAAAGCAAUGUCAGCGUACUUCAUUGUGGUUCCGGAUCAAUGGUCACCACCCACCAUUAUACCAAGUCAAUCACAGUCUGACCUUGGCCAAGAUGAUCAACUAGCUGCCUCACCAAAUUAAUAAAAUGCCAAUGCCAACAUAUUUUUAAGGUUUGAAAUGGCUACACUGAUCCUACCAUGACACCAAGCUGGUUGCAGCCAGCCCGAUCCAUCUUUGCCAAGUGAACCCGCUUUGCUGCUCUCCGCAUCAUGCUGUUCAUGUGAAUGCCAUCAAAAUGUACAGUGGGUGAUUGCUCACAUUUUUGUGUCAUUUCACACCAAAUCUACCCUCAUAUAUAAAGUCUUAUAGUGUUCUUAGAUUUCUGCCUCUCUCCUUGUUUUCUCUACACAUGCCCCAUUUAUUUGUCUAAGGUAUGAAACAUGGAUGGUGGUCUCCAAAUCCAUAAACUUACUCUUUGUCUGCCAUUUAUUUGUUUUUGUGUCCAUGAACUCGAUUGUCGGAGGGCAGUAGUGUAUGUGAUACUGGAAGUAGAGGCAGCACUAGAAUAAAAUGUACAUUUCAGCCAUCACAAUCAAUCUGAUUGCAUGUAUUUCAAGAGCCCAGAUCAUAGUGAUGGAAUAAUCUUUUUUCUUGUUGCAA